UUCUGACAGCACGAAUGUGGGUGAAAGAUUUCAGAAACAUUCCCUGAUUGUUUUUCUCUAAUUUGUUUUGAUUACACAAAAUAUUACGCAUCUACGCAUCUUACAGAUCAAUGUGGCUUUGUUUAUAUGGUUGGAAUAACGUAGAUCUGCAUUUAACCGGACGUGUUUCCGUUCGUACGAUUGUAGUGCUCACAUUUGCAGAACUUUUGUGAGAAUGAAUGAUUACUUGUGGGAAUUCGCACAGAAGCUUCCAAGCGAUAAUCACUUCCAGCUUGUACUCAAAUCAGCAUUAUCCGUAAGAGCUUGUGGUGCCACAGAUCUGGAUAAAACCAAUAACAAAUGGAUGUGUCGGAAGUGCAAAACACUGUGGAUGCAUGGACAAUUUCAAGUAGAGGAAAUACCUGCUACGGAAAAGCUUUCUGGAUUAGUGGAAAAACUAGAAAAUAAACCAUGCUGUAAUAAGAAACAGCAAAAUUUUAAGAAUUACCUAGAAAGCAGAAAACGAACAGUUGUUAAAUACACCUGCAAACUUUGCUCGUACAAAACACGUAUUGCGUUAAAAGCGGAAAGCAAUGCUCGACCGUUGGUAGGCCAAAGCAAGAAGGAAGUUCCCACUGUGGUUGCUGCAAGUAGCGGCAACAAAAAGAAACGCAAACACAAACGUGAUCCAACAGCAGGACUCACAAUACCGACGGCGGUGGCUGAUUCCCGUGCUGCUGGCAAGUUUAAACAACCAACAGCAUUCAAUAACAAGCAAUCCAGUCAACUUCACGCUCUGGCAGCUAGGCUAAAACAGAAAUCAAAUGGAGCAAUGCAAACGAUCGAUCGAUUGAAACUAUUGUUAAAGUAGGAUUCAUUUUACUUUAUUCAUGUUAUAUCUUCAAAUAAACAAACACAGGACAGUGGAACAAUCAACGAUGAGAUUGUGUGAUUAUGACAAUAAAUAGUACCAAUGACAAAAAAUAUAUUAUAAAAAA